AUGCACAUUACAUCUGCCGCACUGGCAUCUGACAUCCAAUACACUCACAUGUAUCUUCCAAUGUUGAUUCUUUGGUAUAGAAAUUCAAAGGGGCAGAUUUACAAUGUUAUUGCCAAGCUCAUCUUUACUGGCCACCCAAAGUAUGGCCAGGCAUACCAGCACAAUCAGAAGAAGUUCCGCGAUGCAGUCUCUAAUCACAUCACAAAAUCAAAAUACAAGAAGCUCAAGGCCCAAUUCAGCGAGAUGGGUGCUGGUGUAAUGCCACUUGAUGGGAUGGCUUCAAACUCUGUUCUCAUGGAGCUCCUGUGGUACAUGGAGCUUGAUGCCAUCUGGCAUGCCAAUCCUUCAAUUGCUGCCAAAACUCAUUCAUCCAAGCCCAGUGUUGACCAUGCUGCCACUCUUUACUCACUUGUUAAACCACAUGGGGCUGGUCCCUUGAUUGGUGCACACAAUACUCCUCCUCCCACCACACAUCCACCUGUAGUCCCUCCAGCAGCACACCCAUAUGGUGAUCCCCCAAUUAAUCCACAACUAUGUCAAGCGGCUCCUGCUCCUGCUCCUCCUGCUCCCCCUCCAGUACACCUUCACAGCCUGAAUUCCCCUGAUGUUGAGAUCAAGGAUGAUUUUAUACCUCCCUCCCCAAACAACUUGGAGAGAAGCCCUUUCAACAUCCCCCUCAGAGAUGCUUUGAACCACUUUGACGAUGACGACAACAUGAUGUAUGACAGCACUGGCACUUUCAACAGCCCUCCCUAA